GGCGUUCGCCUGCCCCGUGACCGCGGCCCCGCCGGAGCCGCCUCACCCGGGCCCGCGGUGGAGCCGCCAUGGCGGGGGACAGCCCUAGCGCCCUCCCGGUGCAGCUGGUGGAGCAGCCCAGAUUGCAGAAACUGAAGGAGAUGUUUAUAUCCAAGUUUGGAUCAGCUCCCAAGUUUUAUGCUCGUGCACCAGGACGAGUCAACUUAAUAGGAGAACACAUAGAUUACUGUGGUUAUGCUGUGCUCCCAAUGGCUGUAGAACAAGAUAUCCUGAUUGCAGUAGAACCUGUACAAACUCAAGUUGUGCAACUGGCAAAUACCAAUUCUUCGUACUUGGAUUUCAGUACUAGUGUUAAUAACAUUCAGAUUAACAAAACCAAACCUCAGUGGCAUAACUACUUCCUGUGUGGACUGAAGGGUAUUCAGGAACAUUUUGGUCUCAAUAACCCAACUGGAAUGAAUUGUCUGCUAGAUGGAACCAUCCCUCCAAGUUCUGGUCUCUCUAGCUCCAGUGCUUUGGUGUGCUGUGCAGGACUCGUGACACUCAGAGCUAAUGGAAAAACCCUCUCUAAGGUGGAACUCGCAGAAAUUUGCACGAAGAGUGAACGUUACAUCGGCACAGAAGGUGGAGGGAUGGACCAGUCAAUCUCUUUUCUGGCAGAAGAAGGAACUGCCAAGUUGAUAGAGUUCAGUCCACUGAGGGCAACUGAUGUUAGACUUCCAAGUGGAGCAACGUUUGUUAUUGCUAACAGUUGUGUUGAAAUGAAUAAAGCAGCAACUUCUCAUUACAAUAUUAGGGUAAUGGAGUGUCGGCUGGCUACAAAGCUUCUCUCAAAGUCAAAAGGCUUGGAGUGGAGAAAAAUGUUGAGACUCCAUGAUGUGCAAACCAAGCUAGGAGUUAGCCUAGAGGAAAUGCUGACCAUUGUGGAGGAGGUAUUACAUCCUGAGCCUUACAGCGCAGAGGAAAUUUGUAAAUGCCUGGGAAUUAGCCUGGAGGAACUCCACUCUCAGAUCCUUAGUCAAAACAUGCAAGAUGUUUCCACCUUUAAGUUAUACCAGCGUGCAAAGCAUGUGUACAGUGAAGCUGCCAGAGUGCUGGAAUUUCAGAAGAUUUGCUGUGAAGCACCUGCCAACGCACUCCAGCUGCUGGGAGAAUUAAUGAAGCAGAGCCAUAUCAGCUGCAGGGAGAUGUAUGAGUGCAGCUGUCCUGAACUGGACCGCCUGGUCGACAUCUGCCUGUUAGAAAAGUCCCAGAGUAACUUAUUACAUGGUCUUUUCCUACUUUUUCCAAGUAGAGAUCAGGAACACAGGCAAUUUGGGGCCAUUGGGUCACGUCUGACUGGAGCUGGAUGGGGUGGCUGCACUGUGUCAAUGGUGCCUACUGACAAGCUGAACGCUUUCCUAAAAAAUGUAAAAAAAGCUUAUUACCAAACGGAUGGCCAAAGGUUAGCAGUGGAUAAUAACAGUCUGUUUGCUACCAAACCUGGAAGAGGAGCUUUGGUUUUUGUUGAGGCCUAAAGAACAUAAAAAUUUUAAAGAAACUAUGCAGGGCAUGUAGAACUGGCAGUACUUCCCGUGCCACAGUACAUGAAUGCUUUUUUUGGUUUGUAUUGUAAUGAGCAGUUGCUAUUAUCAAAAUGUAUUUCUGAAGAAGCAAUUAAAAGAAAGCACUUUGAUUAUAAAAGUCUUUUUUUCCCCAUAUUAAAUACACCUUUCAGUAUAAAUACUGAUUUACUAAAACCUACUGACAGGGAAAACUGCAAUUGAAAUAAAGGUGAUGAUUUGUUA